UCAAUAAGUAAGCCUGAGUUGUUGUUUGACAACGAUUGUACAACAAUCUUUCUUUGAGUUUUGAGUCUAUACAUUGCUGUAACGUAUAUUUUCAUUCAAUUCUGAAAAGAUCAUUGCUGUAAUUUUUAUAUUGCUCUCAUUGUUUUAUUUUGGCCAGACUCUAUUGAAAUCAUAAAGAAAAUGUGAAAUAAAAAAGAUUUCGACUCUGGUAUUCGGUCGAAGGAAAAUAUGGUAAUGAUUCUCGUGCGCAAGCGUAGUGCCGUUAUGCGUGGGCUGUGUAAGUUCUUAUGCAAGCCUAGAUGUCAGUUUGAUACUUGAUUGACAAGUGUCGACCAGGUCGGUAUAAAAGAACGAGAGCAGAAUCUUAAGUUGAGAAGUGUGGUAGCUGUUGAAAGUAAUGGAACACCAGGUGUAAUGAAGAGGACGUUUUUAACAGAAAAGAACGCGUUUGUCCAUAUGUAAAGGAGAUCGUUUCCCUCCGAAAAUUUUCCUUUUACACCUUAAGCCGUAUUCCUCAAUUGUUCGCAUUUCAUAUAUAUGAAUUAUUCAUUUUAUUGGUCAAAUAUUUAUUUCUGUCUAUUAAUUUGCUUAUUUUCUUUUUCUCAGGGGAAACAGAAGCUGGAGCAUAGUUCUUUGUACGAUAGCGUUGAAACAUUCGUGUUGUUUGUUGGUUAUCCUAGAAGUGGCCACAGUCUUAUAGCCGCCAUUUUGGACUCUCAUCCAGAUAUAAUCAUCCCAAAUGAGCUCCAUAUCCUGGCAAAGUUUAAAAGCUUUUAUAAGGACGCAAAUAAGGAAAGUUAUAGUCGACGGCGCCGGAUUUUUUCUGCGUUGUAUUCACGUUCGUACAGUCAAUCCAUACAAGGAAUACGUUCCCCAAACAAAAGACAUGGUUAUUCCUACUAUAUUCCGGGAAGCUGGCAAGGAAAAUGUAGAAAUCAAAUAAAGGUAAUUGGAGACAAAAAAGGAGGUGGAACAGCUGCACUACUGGGAAAAGGAGAAGGCCUUCAAGACUUACAAGAACUACAAAAAACAGUGGUGGUUCCAGUUAAACUGAUUCAUGUCAUCAGAAACCCGUUCGGCAACAUCGCUACAAUAUGCAAAAAAUAUCCAGCGGUGCAAGAUCAGUUAGUAAGAAACAAAGAACCCAAUGCCAAGGCCUUGGACUUCUGCAUCCAAAGAUACUUCAACCAUGCUCGGACAGUCCAAAAGCUUCACGAGAUGUCCAAGUAUCCAAUCCUUGAUGUUUACAGCCGCGACACGAUAGCAAAGCCGAGGGAAACUCUGCAUAAAUUAUGCGACUAUCUUAAUGUCACCUGUUAUGAGGAGUUUGUCAACUCAACGUUAACGAUUCUAUAUUCUAGGCCAUCUAAGACCAGGUACUCAGUAAAGUGGACAAAUGAACAGAAAAAGAGAGUUGUUAAUGAAAUCACCUUGGCAUCUCGAGCUGUACGUGUGGAGCCCAUUCUUGGUCAGAUCCAGAGUCAGGGACAGAAACUAUUUGAGCGUCAGAUUCAUAUUCAGAAUCUCCGAGGCCACCCUGAUGGAUUUUCGUGGCUGGUAAAGAACCGGGCUUACUUCGGUUCAGGUCAAAACACUCAUCUCCUUGAGGCGUUUUUCGCAAGAGCGCUAGCUGUCGUUGAAUUGCUCGUCCUCUUGGCCAAACAAGAAACCGAGAUAAAACUAGGUCGUCCUCUGUAG